AUGAAUUACCUCGAAGCACUCCCCUCUACCCUCACCGCCUUCACUGCCCUCAAGCACCUAUCGAUGGGGGCAAAUGAAUGGAAGCAGCCCGUUCCUGUGUGUCUGGGCGACCUCACCAACCUUGAAGUGCUGAUGCUGGAGUACACGCGCAUGACUGACUCCCUACCGUCGGAGCUGUCACGGCUCAAGAAGCUCACCGAGUGGCACAUGUCGUAUUCGCGGUGGGACGGGCAGCUGCCCGAGUGGAUAGGCGCCAUGACAAGCCUGACAGUCCUGAACUUUCACCGCAGUGGCAUCAACAGCAGCAUCCCAGCAGCCAUCGGCAACCUCAGCAACCUCGCCCACCUGCGUCUUGGUGGAAAUCAGUUCGUUGGGACCAUCCCCAGAACAUUCGGGAGUCUAAUUAACCUGGAAAGCUUGGACUUGGAGAGGAGCCAGCUGACUUUCAGCAUCCCUGCCUCCUUUUCGCUCCUCAGCCGCCUCUCUUUUCUUGACCUCAGUUACAAUCGGCUUUCGGGGCCCGUUCCCUCUUUUCUCGGGCGCCUCACCAACCUGAGCAGCCUGAAUGUGAAGCGCAACAGGCUGGGGGGAAGGAUCCCUACCUCCUUGGGCAGGCUCAGCCGGCUCACUUUCAUGGAUCUGUCUGACAACCGCCUUGCAAGGACCAUUCCUGACGCACUCAGUGCACUCAGCAAUCUCCAUUCCCUGGAUUUAUCUCACAACCGCCUUAUUGGGACAAUACCUGCUGCACUUAGCACACUCAGUGGUCUUGGCUUCCUCGAUCUAAGCGAUAACGAGCUGGUGGGGAAUCUGCCGUCGCUGCGCCUCAUGAAUUCUCUGUGGCACUUGGGUGCGGGCCGCAACUUCCUCACAGGCAUUACAGGCACCCCUCUUGCUGACAUCCACCUGCUGUGCGACAAGUUCCGCCUCUCUCUGGAAACCAACUGCCUCAGCAACAGCACGAUCCUGUGUGGCCGCUUCCAGAUGCAGAGGAGCAAAUACGAGUGCGAGUCCCUCUGUGGGAGCUAUGAGGGCACCCGUUAUUGCAGCGGCCAUGGUGUUUGCUACUUAGAUAACGAAAAGAUUGGUCUGCAGUGUGCCUGCUACGAAGGGUACACAGUAGGCACGGCUGCUGGCACAUGCAUCCCUGAAAGCUCGACAUGA